AUCAGUCAACACCAUGAACUUUGGAGCUAGCCACCUAAUCUACACUAUAGCUUCCGGUUACCAAAACAACCAUUCAAUCCCAACACAUACAUAACACAGCGCUUUGCUUUAAGCCUCAAAAUAAUCUAUCAUCCAUAAACAUGAUAGAAAAAAGAAACCUUAAAAAAAUUUCCGUUCUCUUUUCUCUUUCACGAGGAAAGCUCAAGAUCAUGCUCAUUCAUAAGUCAGCAAAAACUCCAUUACAAUCCACAACAAAACUAGCGAAAACCACUCUUUAAAUUGAACUCACUUAUAUGCAAAACCAAAAAAAUCUGCCGACCAAGAAAUGCGUGGCCUUAAGCUGAUAGACCGCUUCAAGAGCGCCCAAGUCCACGCCUUUAGUCCUCCAGAUACCUCAAGAGCCAAGCUCGUCGACACCCAUUUCACCAAAAUCAUAUCUUUCGCUUCAAACUUAAAGCCCAACAAGACCAACUUCACCGCCUCCGAAGCGCUUCUCCUCCCUUAUGGAUUCCCUACGACCGACCUCCUCGAACCCCACCUGGACCCUCACCUCAAACCCCUCGAUUUUGUCGACUCCUUGGCUGACCUCUAUCAACGGUUCGAGAACUGCUCAUCGGAAUCUCAGAAGGCGGCUCUGUUUGUUGAACAGCACGCGCUGUUGCGCAGCCUGGGAGACCCCAAGCUGCUAAGAAGAUGUCUCCGCGCCACGCGCCAGCACGCGGUGGAUGUUCAGUCCAAGGUUGUGGCGUCGGCGUGGCUGAGGUUCGAGAGGAGAGAGGACGAGCUUGUCGGUUUGUCGGACAUGGAGUGUGGUGGGUUUGUUCUUGAGUGUCCCAAGGCUGCUUUGGCUAAUGGGUCUGAUCCAAAUUCAGUUUUUGAUUGUUGUAAAUGCGGUUUUGGAGUUGGAAGUGGUCCUUUUGAAGCAAUAAAUGUUGAAGAGGAGGAGUUUUUGGAGAUGGGAAAUGAAAGUGAUGUGUCGUUUUGUGUUGGUAAUGAGGAGAUUAAAUGCGGUAGAUUUAGGAUUGCAAGGCUUUCUAGUCCGUUUAAGGCCAUGUUGUAUGGUGGUUUUGAGGAGUCUAAAAAGGGGAGGAUUGAUUUUUCCCAAAAUGGGAUAUCUGUUGAGGGAAUGAGAGCUGUGGAAGAGUAUAGUAGUACUAAAAGGUUGGAUUUGUUUAGUCCAAGGAGUGUUUUGGAGCUUCUUUCUUUCGCGAAUCGGUUCUGUUGUGAGGAGAUGAAAUCCGCUUGUGAUGCUCACUUGGCUUCACUUGUUGGUACUAUUGAGGAUGCUUUGAUUCUUGUUGAGUAUGGUUUGGAGGAGAGGGCAAAUCUUCUUGUGGCUUCUUGCUUGCAGGUUUUGCUGAGGAAGCUCCCGGGUUGUCUUUAUAGACCGAAGGUUAUGAAGUUCCUGUGUAGCUCCGAGACUAGGGAGAGAUUAGCCAUGUUGGGCAAUGCUAAUUCCUUCUUGUUGUACUAUUUCCUUAGCCAGGUGGCUAUGGAGGAAAGCAUGGUGGCCAAAAUGACUGUCAAGUUGUUGAAGAGAUUAGGGGAAUGUGCGACCGAGAGGUGGCAGAAGGCGCUUGCCUCGCACCAAUUGGGCUGCGUUCUGCUCGAGAGAAGAGAGUUUAUUGCGGCACAGUGUUAUUUCGAGGCUGCUGUUGAGGCAGGGCAUGUUUAUUCCAUGGCUGGUAUUGCAAGAGCUAAAUACAAGAUCGGACAGCAGUAUUCUGCUUAUAAGUUGAUGAGUUCUGUCAUUUCGGAGUACAAACAAGCCGGGUGGAUGUACCAGGAACGAUCUCUCUAUAACAUUGGCAAGGAGAAGAUUUCGGAUUUGAGCAUUGCCACCGAAAUGGACCCAACUCUUUCCUUUCCAUACAAGCAUAGAGCUGUUGCGAAGAUGGAAGAGAAGCAAAUUAGGGACGCCAUUUUGGAGAUUGACAAGAUAAUUGGGUUCAAGCUCUCACCUGACUGUCUUGAAUCGAGGGCUUGGUUCUUUAUAGCGCUUGAAGAUUACGAAAAUGCGAUGAGAGAUAUUCGUGUGGUACUGACUUUGGAACCAAACUACAUGAUGUUUGGUGGGAAGGUUAGAGGUGAUUACUUGGUUGAGGUUCUCGGCCGUAUGGUUAGGCAAUUGAGUCAAGCUGAUUGCUGGAUGUGCCUUUAUGAGAGAUGGUCUUCUGUUGAUGAUAUUGGCUCUCUGGCUAUCAUCCAUCAGAUGCUAGAAAGUGACCCUGCAAAUAGUGUACUGCGGUUUAGACAAUCGCUACUUCUACUACGGUUAAACUGUCAGAGAGCUGCAAUGCGUAGUUUGCGGUUGGCCAGAAAUCAUUCCACUUCUGAGUAUGAAAGGCUGGUCUAUGAAGGAUGGAUCUUAUACGACACUGGAAAUCGUGAAGAAGCUCUCUCAAGGGCUGAGAGAUCUAUCGUUAUCCAGAGGUCAUUCGAAGCCUUUUUCCUCAAGGCAUAUGUAUUGGCAGAUACAAAUCUGAAUCCUGAAUCUUCGUCCUGUGUCAUUCAACUGCUGGAGGAAGCUCUCAAAUGUCCCUCGGAUGGUCUUAGAAAAGGGCAGGCGCUAAAUAAUCUAGGUAGUAUUUAUGUGGAUUGUGGUAAUCUAGAUGGGGCUGCAAACUGCUAUAAGAAUGCCCUUGACAUCAAGCAUACAAGAGCUCAUCAAGGGUUAGCACGCGUAUACCAUUUGAGAAAUCAACGGAAAGUGGCACACGAGGAGAUGACCAAGCUUAUAGGAAGGGCACAAAACAAUGCAUCAGCUUAUGAGAAACGGUCUGAAUACUGCGAUCGUGAGAUGGCAAAGGACGACCUUGAUAUGGCAACAAAACUAGAUCCGCUAAGAACCUACCCUUACAGAUAUAGGGCAGCUGUUCUGAUGGAUGACCAGAAAGAUAAUGAAGCAGUAGAGGAGCUCACAAAGCCCCUAAAUUUCAGGCUCGACUUGCAAAUGCUUCAUCUUCGAGCUGCGUUUUACGAUUCCAUGGGAGACGUGACCUCCGCUCUCCGAGAUUGUCAAGCAGCUCUCUGCUUGGACCCCAACCACACAGACACUCUUGAUCUUUAUAACCGAGCGCACAAUCUAGCUACUCAUAAGUAACUUGUGUCAUUCACUUUGCGCGAGUAUUGGCAUCAUAUUGUGGAAGAUGUUAUUCUCAGUCGUGAGGAAUACAACCACAGGGUGUUUAAGGUAUGUCACAAGAACAUUUCCCAGAAAUCAAAGUUCUGCACAAGUAGCUGGCUUCAAACUUGCCUGGCAGCAAAGAAGAAAUGCGUUGUGGAAGAACGAGGAGCAAAAAGAUGAUCCGAGAAAAUGCAAUUGUUGGAUGGAUGUUGAUGGUCGGAGAGUGAGCUCCAAGCCACCUUUCGAACGACUUUAAUGAAGAUUGUUAUGCAAGAAAUGACCAAUGAAAACUUAUGUUCAGGAGCAUGGGUUGAAGAUAGGAUUAUGUUGUUGACUUUCACCUUAGCACUUUGAAAAUCUGUAGAAGCGUCGCUUUGCGUGCCCUGUUAAAAGAUUGAGCUCAGAUUCAGUUUCUCUUGUACAUAAAAGAAGCAUUAGAAAUAUUCGGAAUCUCAAGUUUGUUGCAAAGUUGUGUGUAAAAGGUAAAGCCUUUUCAUAGAAAAGGGAGGGCGAAUGUCGCUAUUUGACGUUUCCUAAAACUCUAACCCUUUUACUUGCGCCACAAAAUUGAAAGCACAUGGGUUUUGUAAUAAAUAAAGUAGUCUUAUUAUCAUCUUAUUCUUCCAUGAUCAAAUGAUUUUGUUUG